AUGUGCAACAAUCAGCUUCACCAGUUUCUUCACGCUCUCCCAAAGUGCGAGCAUCAUGUUCACAUUGAGGGCACCAUUUCUCCAGAGCUACUGUUCAAUCUUGCCUCCAGGAACAAAAUUUCUCUACCGAUGGACGACUCAGCCUUCGAGAGUCCAGCAACACUUCGGGCUCGCUACGACAAGUUUACUUCUCUCGAUGACUUCUUACACUACUACUUCAUCGGCUUCUCGGUCCUUCUCGAAGCAUCAGACUUUGAAGCCCUGACAUACGAUUACCUAUCUCUCGCCUAUUCUCAAGGGGUACACCACGCGGAGAUUUUCUUCGACCCGCAAGCCCACGUCUUGCGAGGCGUAGCGUAUCAGACUAUCAUCUCUGGUUUGAAUGCGGCAAAGCAGAGGGCUCAACGUGACUUCCCAAAGCUCAGCGUUGAAUUCAUACCGUGCCUACUUCGUCAUCUGCCGGUGCCUUCAGGGCAUGGAAUGCUCGCCGAGCUGUUGGAGACUGGACACUUCUUUGACGGCACUCUUGUUGGCUUUGGAAUGUCCAGCACAGAGCUGGAGAUGCACCCCUCGCUUUACAAAGAGAUAUAUGAGGCAGCACGAGCUGCUGGAGUUGCGAACCUGACUGCUCAUUACGGUGAAGAAGGCCCUCCGGAUUACGUCAAGGACGCCCUAUCACUCCUCGGAGUGAGGCGGAUUGAUCACGGCCGACGCUCUGCCGAAGACGAGGAGCUGAUUGCACAGCUGGCGGAUACAGGCACAAUGCUGACCCUGUGUCCACUGUCCAAUGUCGUCCUGAAAGGGGUGGAGAGCAUGCAGGAACUGCCCAUCAGGCGAUUCCUCGACGCAAACGUCAGGUUCAGCAUCAACAGCGAUGAUCCUGCCUACUUUGGGGGAUACGUACUGGAAAAUUACUGCGCUGUUCAAGAAGCCUUUGGAUUGUCGGUUGAUGACUGGGGAAAGAUUGCUCGGGGAGCCAUAACUGGGAGUUGGUGUUCUCAUACCAGAAAAGAGCAGUUGUUGAAGGAGGUUGAAGAGGUGCUGCAGCAAUGGGUAUAA